AUGGAGAAGAAUAAAACUAAACCCAAAGUAUUCAAACCAUAUUCAUAUUUUAGCACCCAUCGCAUUAAAGAAGGGAUCCAUGGAAGGGCAGAUGAUAUUCUCGAGACUCUAAUAAAGUUAAUGGGCCAGGAUGUGAACUUGGGCCUGAAAAUUGAGAUGGCGAGGGCAUGCGUUCUCUUCAUGUUUCAAGAUCACUUUGUUUUAGGCGAUAAGAAGGUGAGGGAUGCUACUAAGCUUAAACAAGCAGUGGAACUCAUGGUGUCGAUCAUCUUUAGGAAAUUAGCAGCCGAUGCAAGCAGAGAGAAGUUUUCAGAUGACGAAUUUUUUAGCCAAGACCCAAUACUAUAG